CUCUUAUAAAGCGAUCGGCAAACCACGACUCCAACAUUUCUGCGUAAAUUCGCAGUGUAUAGUUCAACAAUAUCUGAAUAAUGAGUGGCAGAGGUAAAACCGGUGGUAAGGCCAGGGCAAAGGCUAAGACUCGCUCCUCCAGAGCAGGACUGCAGUUCCCCGUCGGUCGUGUUCACAGACUUCUUCGCAAAGGGAACUACGGCGAGCGCGUCGGUGCCGGUGCUCCGGUGUAUCUGGCCGCUGUGCUCGAGUAUCUGACGGCUGAGAUCCUGGAGUUGGCCGGAAACGCCGCUCGGGACAAUAAGAAGACCCGUAUCAUCCCCCGUCACCUGCAGCUGGCGGUGCGUAACGACGAGGAGCUCAACAAACUCCUGGGCGGAGUGACCAUCGCUCAGGGCGGCGUGCUGCCCAACAUCCAGGCCGUGCUGCUGCCCAAGAAGACCGAGAAACCCGCCAAAACCAAAUGAACACGAGAAAACACGACACUCAUAAAGGCUCUUUUCAGAGCCACACACAUCCUCUUUAAGAGCCGUUUGAAAUAUGAUGGAUUUCGACUACGAAAAUUGUUUUUCAUUAUUUAUAUAUAUACAUAUAUAUACACACACACAGGCUAUGAAUAAACUACCCUUCCACUGCAAGUUAAUGAGUUGCAACUAUGGAGGGAGCCUGUGUAUUGUGGCAACAUCGGUUCCUUCAGAGAGAAUCUUCUAAAAAACGGCAGAUAACCACAGAAAAAAUAAAUAUGAUCAGUCCAUCAAAGCUGAGGCAUCAGAUUAUUGUUGAAUGCCAAUCUUCACUGAGGAUAUUAAUACUAAUAAUAUAUAUUAAUAAUUUGCUUGAGUUUGGUUCUAGUUCAGUGGAUUUAUUUGCGGUUUUGUUGUUAAUUUGUGCAAUAAAAUGUUUGAUUAAAAUAAUAAACAAAAUAAUGGUUUUGUAACAAAAUACAUGUACAAAAUUAGGCAAUUAUAUAGAUUAUCAUAAAAACACUGCACAUGAAAGGGUUUUCA